AUGUUAGGGGUGAUGCCACGUCACCUUGCCACAUUAUUUAAGGGCCAUUGUGGGCGUCGUGUUGUUGGAUCAACCAUGGAUGCCAACCUGGGUACCGUGACCCCAGGCGACCUCCUUCACUUAGUUCCUAACCCACAGAUCGAUAGAUGGGUAAUUUCGAUGGGUUCCUGUGCCAACGGAGGUGGAUAUUAUCAUUAUUCAUAUUCGGUGCUUCGUGGAUGCGAUCGUGUCAUACCAGUUGACAUAUAUGUUCCUGGAUGUCCACCAACUGCUGAGGCUUUGCUGUACGGAGUGCUGCAACUACAAAAGAAAAUCAAGCGGAAGCGUGAAGCCCAGCUGUGGUACAGGCGAUAG